AUGCAGAGGAUUGAAGUUCAAGGAAAGAGCAAAAGGAAACUAUAUGUUUUUGUAUUUGAUUCUGGUGGUGGUGGCAGUGGUGGAGAUGGUGGAGGUGGCGGUGGAUAUGAAGGUGAGGACGACGGAGGUGGAGGUGACGGAACUGGAGGUGGUGGAGGAAGAGAAGAUGAAGAAGGAGAAGGUGGAGGUGGGUUGAAUUUGUUGGUUAUAGAUACGGUGGAGGCGGACAUGGAGAGGCGGCGGACAUGGAGGGGCAGUGGACAUGGAUGGGGUGGCGGCAUGAAGUUACAGGAAGUGAAGGUGGAGGCAGGUUGGGUUGGAGGAGAAAGUGGGGUUGCAUGA